UGAUGUACAAUGGUGUAAAUCUUUUUGCGACACCGCAGGAGGAAUACCAAACAGAAGACAGUUUUCAGACAGCAAAUGUCACUUACGACCAGAACGUGCUGAAUUUAUUUUGAACUCGUAUUCUCUCGGCUAUCCAACCACUUUGCCUGCUAAAAUCCACAGGGUACAUAAAUUAUACCUGGAUUUUGCAACAAGGACGUGAGGAGUAUUCGUCGCCGUCUCCAGAUUGCCAGUUCGUUUCAUUGUACAUGUACUAGGAUUCGUCAUGUCGAAAGCAGUUUUCUUGUGGAUUGUUCUCCCCCUCUUGGCAGAGACUAUCGUGCCGACAGUUGCUUAUUCUCAGGCACACAGGGCCUGCUAUUCAUUCACGAAGCCCGGAGAUGUGAUCCUCGGCGGAUUACUUACGGUGUCCCCCAGCUCAGCUAAAAAUCUGUGCCACAGUAAGAUUAACACCAACUGGCUGAUCAAGAACGCGUUGGCUAUGGACUUCGCAGUUGAAGAUAUCAACAAGCGGCGAGACUUGUUGCCGGAUGUUACCCUGGGCUACGACCUACGGGAUGAUUGUUCAUCUGAGGAGCUCUCCCUCUGGCAGACGCUGACCCUUGUAAGUCCGGAUAGUCCCACGACUUUCAAGGAUCUCUGUUCCCUUGAGACGCCCCGCACAGGUCCAGUGGUUGGCCUGGUAGGCACCGGCUCUAGCGAGACCAGCAUCCCGGUCAGCCAACUCGGCCAACUGUUCGAAGUGCCGGUGGUGUCGCACGGAGCGCACAGCGAUGAAUUCAGCGACCGGGAGAAGUACGCCUACCUCUUGAGGACCUCCACGCCGGACCGGCUGCGGGUGGAAGCCAUUCUGGAUAUCUUGGAGCAUUUCGGGUGGGUGUACGUGGCCUUACUCUACUCUGCCGACAGUGAGGGUAUCCACGGGGCCAUGCAGUUCGAAGCCUCGGCCGCAAAGCGCAACGUGUGUCUUGCUAUGUCCUCCUACGUACGGGACUCCGCAUCCGAAGAGGACCGCAACGAAAUAGUGGCCAAGAUGUUGGAGUAUGACGCUUCCACAGUCAUUGUCACCUUCCUUGGUCGCGUUGACGCCCUGGACAUGUUGCAGUCGUUCAGGGAGGCGGGCUUGACUCACCGCUACAUCUGGGUCGCCGCCCAGAUAUGGGAAAAUCUACUUGACAGGCAGGACCUACACGAAGUCACGAGUGGUGCGAUCUUCCUGAAGUUCACCAACGAACCAGUGCCCAAAUUCAAGAAUUAUGUCUCGUCUCUGAUCCAUACUCCGUGGGAAAAUCUGAGUGAAUGGUCUCAGGAUGCACUCUGCAGUGAUAAGGACUUCACAAACUGCUCCAGUCUUCAUAAGCUGUCACUGGGGCAUUCUCUUCUAGGUGAAGAAACGCCAGUCGUGAACGCUGUGCGAGCAUUUGCCCACGCCAUACACGCUUACAUCGAGGAUGUAUGCGCUGGUAGGCCUAACUGCAUCCACAAGGAAGGCAUCACUGGACGCCUUUUGUUGUCCUACCUGAAGAACGUGUCUUUCCCCGCCCCAGGAGGGGAAUUCUCUUUCAAUAGCUACGGGGACGGAGGUGGGGCAUACACGAUCAACAACUACCAAGAAGUCGACAGUAAAUACACCAUGGUAGACGUCGGUCACUGGAGCUCAUCCACCGCUGGGCUGUGCCUGAACGAAACCUUGAUGCGUUGGCAGAAUGGGAGCAGGGAGAUACCCCUGUCCAACUGCCGCGAGGUCUGCCAGGCCGGCUAUUUUUCAGUACCACGGGGGAGGUGUUGCUCCGGGUGCCACUCAUGCCCAAUCGACACUAUCGUAAAGGGGAACGAUUGCGAACGUUGCGGGCAGACGGAGUGGCCGGAUCCCUCCCGCACCCAGUGUCGUCAGAUCGCCCCGACUCCGAUGGAUUACGGGAACCAUGUGGUCAUCUUACUGCUGACCCUGUCCGGCCUGGGCAUCGCCCUCUGCGCACUGACCGCGGUGCUGGCAUUGGCCUACCGGAACCACGCCCUGAUCAAAUGCUCCAGUCGCGAGCUGAUCUGCGUCAACGUCCUGGGUCUCACCUUGGCAUUCGUGACGGGCGGUUUGAUUCUCCUGCCCCCGGUACCUACCACCUGCAUCGUCGCUGAGACCGGGAUCGCCUUCAGCUUCACCCUCAGCUUCGCCCCGACUCUCCUGAAGGUAGUCCGGAUAUACAGGAUCUUCCAGGCGGGGCGGCGGUCCGUGAAGCGGCCACGCUUCAUCUCACCGAAAUCUCAGAUGACAAUGGUCGUCUUGUUUGUGUUGAUCCAGGUUCUGAUAGCCGCAGUGUCGAUUCUUACCAGCCCCUCCAAGCCAGAGACUCUCGCUAGACCGAACGCAAACGGCAUGAUGCACGUGGUGGAACUCUUCUGCCAGUUCGGUGUCGGUUUUUACGCCAGCGGCCUGUACAACCUGCUACUGAUCUUGGGCUGCUGCCUGGCCGCCUUCAAGGCCCGGAAGGUACCCAGCAACUACAACGAGUCCAAGUUCAUCGCGGUCAGCGUCUACUCCACCCUGGUGCUGUGCCUGGCCGCCGUGCCGGUCUACACCACGGCCGUGGACGUGCUGCAGAAACUGGCCACGGUGUGCCUCGCCGUACAGCUCAACGCCUACCUGACGCUGGUCUGUGUCUACCUGCCCAAGCUCUGUGCUAUCCUCUCCGUCAAAGAGGGCGGGGUGACCCUGACGGCUUGCAACACCGCUCCCUGCUCGCAGGCACCAUUAGAAUCCGUUCACCGGAACCUACGCUUGGUUGAUGCCAUUAAGGUUCACCCUAUGCCAUCCAUUGACACGUCUGUCCCCUGCAGAUCAUCCAUUAUUUAA